UGUAAACUCCGCCCAAUCCUUCCCGGAAGCAGCCGAACGCUUAAGAAAGCCCUGCCCCUCUACUUCCGGAAGGCGCCAAGCUAGUUGUUAAGCGUGGUGCGGCUGCGUUGUCUUCUUCUUUCUCCGCCUCCUUCCUCUUAGAACAAGAGCGCGAGAAGAGACGGCUGGCUGGCGCUUGAACACGGCCUGCCGCCGCCAUCACACUAAAGCGCAACCAUGAUGUCCGAAUUCGACGAGUUCGAGCGGCAACUGAAUGAAAAUAAGCAAGAAAGGGACAAGGAAAAUCGGCAUAGAAAACGCAGUCGUAGCCGCUCUAAAAGCAAAGAACGGAAGCGUCGAAGCCGUAGCAAAGAAAGACGAGCUAGAGAGCAGCGAAGUGGAUCCAGGGAUCGUAGGCGACGCAGUCGCUCACCAAGACAUGAGAAGAAAAAGAAGAUCCGUAAAUACUGGGACAUUCCACCUCCUGGUUUUGAGCAUAUCACGCCUCUGCAGUAUAAAGCCAUGCAAGCUGCGGGUCAGAUUCCAGCUACUGCUCUCCUUCCAACAAUGACACCAGAUGGUUUGGCAGUUACUCCUACUCCUGUGCCUGUUGUGGGCAGUCAGAUGACAAGACAGGCCCGUCGACUCUAUGUUGGAAAUAUUCCAUUUGGAAUCACAGAGGAGGCAAUGAUGGACUUCUUUAAUGCCCAGAUGCGCCUUGGUGGAUUGACUCAAGCACCUGGAAAUCCUGUACUGGCUGUUCAAAUCAAUCAAGACAAAAACUUUGCCUUUUUGGAGUUUCGUUCUGUUGAUGAAACAACACAGGCAAUGGCUUUUGAUGGGAUAAUUUUUCAAGGCCAGUCUCUUAAAAUUAGACGCCCUCAUGAUUACCAGCCUUUACCAGGCAUGUCUGAAAACCCAUCCGUUUAUGUACCAGGGGUGGUUUCCACAGUUGUCCCUGACUCUGCACACAAGCUUUUCAUUGGAGGUUUACCCAACUAUCUGAAUGAUGACCAGGUAACCAUGGAGUCAUUAAGCCUAUGGGUUAAAGAACUGCUUACAUCUUUUGGGCCUUUAAAAGCAUUUAAUUUGGUAAAAGACAGUGCCACAGGCCUAUCAAAAGGUUAUGCCUUUUGUGAAUAUGUGGAUAUUAAUGUCACGGAUCAGGCAAUUGCUGGACUGAAUGGAAUGCAACUGGGUGACAAAAAGCUUUUGGUACAGAGGGCUAGUGUCGGAGCUAAGAAUGCAACACUGAGCACAAUAAAUCAGACUCCAGUGACCCUCCAAGUCCCUGGACUUAUGAGUUCUCAGGUGCAGAUGGGUGGUCAUCCAACAGAGGUGUUGUGCCUGAUGAAUAUGGUGGUGCCGGAAGAACUGAUAGAUGAUGAUGAAUAUGAAGAGAUAGUGGAGGAUGUUAGGGAUGAGUGUGGCAAAUACGGCGCUGUGAAAUCAAUUGAAAUUCCACGCCCAGUGGAUGGAGUUGAAGUGCCAGGAUGCGGCAAGAUCUUUGUAGAAUUUACAUCCGUCUUUGAUUGCCAGAAAGCCAUGCAAGGACUCACUGGACGCAAAUUUGCUAACAGAGUGGUGGUUACAAAAUACUGUGAUCCUGAUGGUUACCACCGUCGUGAUUUCUGGUAGAAUUAAGUGACAUGCCGGGCUGGAAAGAGAUGAGCUAAGAUUCAGAGGCUGGGGGAAUAGCAGAAGGACCUUCAUUUUAUUAUUUUUUCUUUCUUUUGCAGGAGGCUUUUUUUUUUUUUCUUUUUCUGAUUGUCUAUUUUUAUGGCCAAAUGUUACUUUACCCUCCCUGAAACAUCAUGACCACCUCACUAAUCCUUUUAAGGAAUUAAAUUUGAGAUCUAUUCUUUGACCAUCACCUCCCCACACACAAUGUAAAAUAAACCUGGCCCCUCCCCCGCCCCACCCCCUUAUCCCCUCCCCCAGGACCUUGAACUAUUUCAGUGGUGGUUAUACUGUAGUAAAAAUGUUGUCUUUUCUUCAUUUCUUUCUGUGACCGUUUCACAUUUGCGAAGACAUUGCUCAUGAAACAUUUUGUUGUAUUUUACUUUUUAUUCUUAGUGUAUGGAUUUUUUCAAGCCAUCUCAAUUAAAGAAUGUUUUCAUCUUU